AUGGAUAUUCCCCCGAACAUCCAAGCUGGCGCCUACAAAGAUUUACCACCCACUCCAAGUGUACUACCGCCAGGGGAUUCUGGCGCGCCGGUACUUUCUACGACUAGCCGACCCACGAGUACUCCGUCUACGCCCAAUAUCAUCAUUUUCGGCGAGACUGGAACGGGAAAGAGUUCCCUCAUAAACAUGCUUUCCGGUCGCGAAGACGCUGCUGUAUCGAACCGAGCAACCGGAGGAACAUUCUCGAGCGAGCCGUACGAGGUCGAGCUCCUCGAUGAUAAAUCCUACAAUAUAUGGGACACCGCCGGCCUGAACGAAGGCGAGCAUGGGAGCGUCCCCGCCGACGUGGCCAUGGAGAAUCUGCGCACGCUCGUUGGAAAGAUGGACGAGGGCAUCAACCUCCUCGUCUACUGCGUGCGCGGGACGCGCUUUCGCGAAAUCCUCAAAUUCAACUACGAUAUGUUCUACAAGAUCAUUUGCGAGGAGAAAGUCCCCAUAGUCAUCGUCGUUACGGGCUUGGAGCACGAGUCGCCUAUGGACGCGUGGUGGGAGGAGAACCGUGGGGAGUUCGAUAAGUACGGGCUCGUUUUCGACGGGUCUGCGUGCAUCACCACGGUGAGAGGCAAAAAUGGCAUGUUCGAAGAGGAGUUCGAAGAGUCUAAGAAGAAGGUUGGAGAGUUGAUCGUCGGGAAAUGCAUGCGGGAUCCGUGGAAGGUCCAAGGCGACGCAUGGUGGGAUGGUAUUAUCCAGAGGAUGGACGAAUACAGGAGGAGGUACAACAGGAGACUGGAUAGCCCUGGCCCCCAACCGCACAUUAGGAGACCCGCCAUUACAGGAGGUGCAUCGUUGUAUGACGUGGUGAUGGAUCUCAAGCAGUUUGUUCAGACUGUUGGACGUUGGCUUCAAGUCCCCUUCCGUUAUUAG